UCUGACCCACUGAAUUUUAUAUCAACUCUAUAUUCAGAUUCAUACCUGUUCAGUCGCAUCGACUCUCCAACUCAUUCAACUAAUUCCAUCACGCAGUCUAAUUCAUCAUGGCGGACUCUAUUCUUGUCAAGACAGCACAAAUCUCAGCUAUCCUGACCGCCGCCGCCGCUUCCGGCGGUAUCCUCUCCCUCUCCAUCUUCACCAUUCCAGCCAUCGGCCUCAAGCAUAAAGAACCCAAAGCUCGCAUCACCACCAAUCGCAGCGCAAUAACUCUAGGAGCUCCCCUAUCCCACAUUGCGCAUCAAUGGCAGUUUACCUACGACCUUGGGAAGAAAGUCUUCCCAUCCAUGGCCGUGACAUCUAGUCUUUUAUACUCCUACGUCGCGUAUGCACUUCACAGUGACCGCUUCGGAAGGCGUCACGGCGGCUGGGUGUUUUAUCUUGUUGCUGCCGGGUUAAAUGUCAUGAUUGCUCCGUUUACGCUCCUCGCAAUUGCGCCUGUUAAUAAUGCUAUUGCGCCGUAUACGAAGGGCGAACAUGAUCUUCCCGCUGUUGAAGCUGCGAAACAAGGGGGAGAAGUGAAAUUUGAGAAAGCCGAGAGGGAACUCGUGGGCCAUCUGGAGAAGUGGUCGUUUCUUAAUUUGAUUAGAGGCGUUUUUCCGUUGGCCGGUGCCGGGGUGGGUGCUGCUGUUAGUUUUGGAUUGUUGUCUUGAUCUUCGUUCUUCGACUUCUUUGUCCUCUUUUGCUGGUCAAGAGACUGUGGAGUUGAUUGUCUGUUUGGAUUUUGAUUAGGGUACCUCUCCGCUUUAUGCUCUCUACUCGAUAUGUUGUAAUUUGAGAUAUGCUGCUGAUAAUUUCUAAUUACUCACA